UGACGAUGAGCUGGACAUCAACAUAGUGUUGCAGCCACAACAAGUAGUUGACGAACACGUCUUUGUGAAGCCAACAUAUCAUUCUAGAUCUUGUAGUUCUUCUAGCAUUGUUGCUGAACAAAGUGCAUCAGCUACCGAAAAGCAUCAUCAAUACACUCCAACUGAGCGCACUGGAUCGUUUUCUUGUGCAAGCACUGCCUACCCCCUUUCAAUCAGUGGAAGGACCAGCACUUCGUCGGUGCCGUCUACAACGUACACGCCAACAGCUCGCGGCUCGUCCGGAAGUUAC